UUUAAAGCAGUGGAUUUAAACAAAAAAGCUGUGGCUUGACAUGGAAUUUCUGCUUUCGUUACAGCUGGAGGGACUAAGCAUUGCUUUACUUAAGGAAAGAGCAAUUCCUUUUGUGAUUUCUCAAAAGGGCUUUUUCCCUCAUGGAUUUUCUUUCCAUCUCGUUGCUCAAGGAGUCUGCAGAGGAGGAUAGUUGAAUGCAGCCUCCAAUGUGCACAAAAGAAUGGGUUUCCAUUCAAGAUGGCCAUUGGUGGGUCCAACACCAGCGGCACUUUAUGUGAUCAGCAUGCUGCUACGUUUGCUCCCUGCAUCUGGCACAGCCUGCCCUCAGAAAUGUCGUUGUGAGGAUCUCCUCUUUUAUUGUGACUCCCAGAGUCUACAUUCUCCACCAGAUGGGGUGGACAGAGGUGCUUUAGGCCUUUCUUUGAGGCACAACAGCAUCACAGAACUGCGUCCAGACCAGUUCUCUGCUUUCACUCAGCUGACCUGGCUCCAUCUGGAUCACAACCAAAUUACAGCAGUGAGGGAGGAUGCCUUCCAGGGACUGUACAAAUUAAAGGAGUUAGUUCUGAGCUCCAACCGCAUCUUCCAGUUACCCAACAGCACCUUCAUUCACCUCAUCAAUCUUCAAAAUCUGGACCUCUCUUUCAAUUUAAUGACAUCUCUGGAACCAGAGCUUUUUCAUGGCUUACGCAAACUACAAACUUUGCACCUUCGUUCGAACUCACUACGCACUACUCCUGUCCGCAUCUUUUGGGAUUGCCGCAGCUUAGAAUUUCUUGACCUGAGCAACAAUCGUCUAAGAAGCCUAGCCAGAAAUGGCUUUGCUGGCUUAAUCAAGUUGAGAGAACUCCACUUGGAACAUAAUCAGUUGAGCAAAAUUAAUUUAGCUCACUUCCCAAGGCUCAUAGGCUUGCAGACACUUUACCUACAAUGGAACAAAAUCAGUAACUUGACAUGUGGAAUGGAGUGGACAUGGACCACCCUAGAAAAACUUGACCUUACAGGAAAUGAGAUUCGUUCCAUUGGCCCAGACGUGUUUGAGACCAUGCCAAACCUUAAAGUUCUACUGUUGGACUCUAAUAAACUGACCAGCCUGGACAUGCGGAUUUUGAGCCGGUGGAAAUCUCUAAGCAACAUUGGGCUUUCUGAAAACUUAUGGGAAUGUACCAAAAGGAUCUGCUCAUUGGCUACUUGGCUUAGCAAUUUUAAGGGCAGGUGGGAACACUCCAUACUAUGUUACAGCCCGGAAUACGCGAAAGGCGAGGAAAUACUGGACGCUGUUCAUGGAUUCCAGCUGUGCCAGAAUUUUUCAGCAGCAGUGGUUACACCAAGUACGGGUUCCCCAGAGGCAACAUUCAUACAGGAAGCCAGCAGUGAUUUUUUUGGAAUAAUGCCUGCAGACACUAUAGGGAGCUUGACUACAAUGACUAUUACUACAAGUACUACCAGAACCACUUAUCCUACAACUAAUCCCCCUAGACCAACUACUACUUCUCUGCUGAGCACAGAGACUACAGAGGAAGACAACAUUGAAGAUGACAAUACACUUCUUACUCAGCGAGUCAUCAUUGGUACCAUGGCUCUGUUAUUCUCCUUCUUCCUCAUUAUCUUCGUGGUUUUCAUAUCUCGCAAGUGCUGCCCUCCAACUCUGCGCCGGAUUAGGCAUUGCUCAGCCAUUCAAAAUCGUCGACAGAUGAGAAACCAGGCCAGGCAACCUAUGGCAGACUUAGCCACCCAGGUCCCCUAUAAUGAAUACGAUCCUAGCCAUGAGGAAGGUGCACUGGUCAUUAUCAACGGGUAUGGACAGUGCAAGUGUCAGCAGCUGCCUUACAAAGAGUGUGAAGUAUGAGUUGUUUCUCACUCCUUUUACUCAUUCAGUCACUCCCAAAACACAGGGUUUUAAUUAAAACAAAAAGGUGACUGUAAGUACAGCAUUUUAUUAAUAUACCCAUUUCAUUUUAUUUAUGUUUUACUAUUUGCAUAUUCAUGCUUUAUUUCUAUGAAGUAAAAAAGUCUAAUGAAAUGGUGCUACUUGAAUAAUUCUUGUUCAGGAGACAGAACCAAGGUUUAUUAAAAGAAAGCUAUACAAGAGGAAACACUAGAAAAUUUCAAGACAGUGUUAGCAUCCGAGCUAAAAAUCUGAAUGAUUAAGGGAAAAAGUGAAUAUUUACAGCCUUCAAAGCCUGGCUCCCUUGUUGCACAAUAAGAGGAGUUAUUCUGCCCUCUUGUGAUUCUAUAAGGGAACUAACAUUUCUUGUACAGUCAAUAAGCCUAAGCAAGUCAUCUUCUCAAAUAUGGAAAUCGGUUUAGGUUUCUCAAUAUGUUAAGAGUUUAACCUUAAUGCAAAAGCCACCAAGUUAGCUGCCACCUUGCACAAUUUCAGGGUGUGAAAUUUGUGUAAUUUUAAAAAGAUUUAUUCCAAAAAAGCAUACUUUUUAAACAAUCACAACUGUGCCCUAAGCAUAACUACUAUUGGGAAAUGCAAUGUGGAACAUGUAGCACUGUACAUUAUUGCUUUACUCAUGCUAGGCUUAAAUGUUUGCACACAAUUACCCUACUGCUUAUGUAAUUUUAAAACGGACCAUCCCAUUAUAACUCAUACACUAAAUUAGAAGCUACAAUAUGGGGUUUGUGGCCUCUCUAGUUGUAAACAUUAUGCACAGGCCAUAAAAAAAAAAUCUUUUCAAUGAAAAAUCCAACAUGUCUGGCUAUUCCAAGAAUCUUUGAUCAGUAUAGUGACUAAUGAAGGGAACUGAAGGAAAAAUGCUACAGUCACCCGAUCCAUUUAAGUUAAAUAGACAAUGAUAAAAGUGGCACUAACAUUUAAUUAAGGUUUAAAAAAACACCAUAGACAUACGGUGAUAGGUGAAAGCCAAGAAUGUAUCAGAGGGUGUAAUGUUUUGGAUUAAAGAUAUAUCAAUGUGAAGCAGUGUGCUUCAUCCUUUUAUGAAACACACUUACCAGCUACGUCUGUGCAGUAAACUGAGCUAAUUAAGAGUAAAAAUGUUGUAUAACCCAAAGUUGCGAGGCAGAAGCAUCUGCUCGUGAUGCUUACAUCAAGUAUAGAGAGGGCACAAAUAUACAUCGUCGCAUCACACAAUCUAAAGAGGAGACAUUUAUUGUAACAGAUUGCUAUUCAAUUAAAAAUCAUUUGCACAUACACAGAACACAUUUUAAAAGAAAGGGUAGGUUUGGGGUGGGCAACUGGAUAGCAUUCAUUAAAAUUAUAAUGACUAACAGUCAAAAGGUCUGUGUAACUAAGAGCGAUAGUCUUUAAAUCAUGCAUAACAUUUGUGAUAUCCAACAGUAUUCCACACACCCCACCAUGUUAAGCACAGUGGCAUACACUCUAUGCUAAUUAGCUUUACUCUGCAAUCCGUUAAAAAAAAAAGACGGAGCACGAAUAUCAACUCUCCUUAAAGGAUUAAGUCAUUAAAUAAGUUAAACAAAACAAAAAAGGUUAAAUUAAAUUUUUCUUGGCUAAAACAUGAUGCUUACAUAAAAUUGGUCUCGGUGGGUGCUGACAUCCCCCUAAUGUCUCCCCGUAACACGUUGAAAUAACUGCUUUUAGGAAAUGUGCCAUAUAUAAUUAAGUGCCAGGCAAACAAAGUUUGAUUUUACAUUAAAGUCUCUAACACAAAAAAAAAAAAAACCUA